CAAGCUGAAAGGCCCGUUUGCAGAACUCGCCUGUUUUCUUCGGACUGCGCAAGGAGAGAGGGAGACAGAAGGGAUAUAGGAAUAUAUCCUACUGCAGGACAGUGAUCUGCAAAGAUGAACUCUGCGCCUCCAGCAGGAAGUGCACUCGCUGCCCCCGCUGGCAGUGGAGGACCCACCACCCCUAAGAAGGGACCCCCCAAAUUCAAGCAGAGGCAGACCCGUACAUUCAAGAGCAAGGCUCCUAAACCUGGACAGAAAGGAUUCGGUGAUGACAUUCCUGGAAUGGAGGGCCUUGGCACAGACAUCACUGUGGUUUGCCCAUGGGAGGCCUUUGGCGACAUGGAACUCAGCGACUUGGCCAAAUAUGGCAUCAUCUAAGACCCUCCCCCUUCAGGUCUUCUGCUUUCCUCCCUCCGCCCACUUUGCUCCUCCUGCUCUGACCUCUCACCUCUGAACUCUGACCUCCGGUCUGUGCCCGCCUGGCGUCGCUUCCUCUCACAGCUCUGCGCUGUCCCAUCCUGAGGUUCCCGGGCGUGUAGCUGGCUAUCCCACGUCUCCACAGUAACGCUUCAGGCAACCGCAGUGUUGCUAAAUGGAACAGUGUUAAGGCCACCCCACAUAGAAACCAGCGAUAUAGGCUACCACACACACCUGCGACUGCUCUCCACACACACCCACCCCCCGCCCCUUCCCUCCCUCCCUCCCUCCCUCCCUCACUCACUUACUUACUCCCUCAUGCUGAAAUAUAGCCAAAGAUGAAUGAAUAGAAAUACAUGCUACCAUUUAAGUAAUUAGAGCAAUGUACCAAAAAUUUAAAUGGCUUUCAUCUACAGCACAGCUAAUUACGUCAGUGUGAUACUGGCCUGUAUUUGCUCAUAGAGACAUAAGAAAAUGUUAAUAAAGCUUCAGUCCUCAUUUGCAAAGCAAAUAGUUUCUUUUCCGUUAUAUUUGUUUUUUUUAUAUAUUUUGUUUUUUUUACUCCACCCCCUUCCUCACCCCAAACUCCCUUUCCACCUGAAAAGUUUUGUUCCUGUGCACUGUGAAACACAGAGAGAGAGGACUGGGAGCUCAUCAAAGAAAUGAUGAGCUGGAUUUUAUAAAGACUGAAAAUGUGAGAAUGUACAAAGGAAAAUCUGUCUUCUUCCUCUCAUUAUUACUCUACAGCAAAUGCUGCAGCUUAUUAUACAUAUAUUAUGUACAAUAAUAACCAAGCGCACGUUUAUAUUAUUAAAUGUGAAUGUCUUUGUGCAUUUAUCUAUCUAUAGAGCCAAUUAAAGGUCAUUUUGUAAAUAUCUAAA